GGGACCGUUGGGGUUUGCGUUGGACGUAGAGUACGGGGUCAUGGACACCAUGCAGCUGACCCUGAAGGCGCUCCAGGGCCGAGAGUGCAGCCUACAGGUGGCGGAGGACGAGCUAGUGUCCACACUGAAGCACCUGGUCUCGGAUAAGCUGAAUGUCCCUGUGCGUCAGCAAUGUCUGCUGUUCAAGGGCAAGGCCCUAGCAGAUGAGAAACGACUGUCAGAUUACAACAUUGGGCCCAAUUCUAAGUUCAACCUAGUUGUUAAGCCUUUGGAGAAGGUGCUACUGGAAGAAGGGUCUGCCCACAGACUGGUCGACUCCCCAGCCACCCCCAUCUGGCAGCUGAUCUCCAAAGUUCUGGCUCGUCACUUCAGUGUAGCAGAUGCCAGCAGGGUCCUGGAACAACUACAGAGGGAUUAUGACAGGUCCUUGAGCCGCCUAACACUGGAUGACAUAGAACAUUUAGCCAGCCGCUUUCUACACCCUGAAGUAACUGAGGCUUUGGAAAAAGGGUUCUGCAAAUAGCAUUCUGGGAUUGUAGGGAGAAAUCCCAG